GCACAUCCGGUUGACGCCAAAUUGAUGCCGGUCGGUGUGGUGACGCCGCUUUCCGCCAUUGUUCUUGUUAGUUUCGUGUAGGUAACGUUGUGCUUAGGUUUGAGAAGUGCUUAUUCAGAACAUUAAGAGUUAUUUCCGAGAGCAUCAUCUGGAUUCGACGUUGAAAAGUUACACAGAUAUCUGUGAAACAUGUCUGGAUCAGGAGAUCACGAUGAUGAAAGCUAUGUUGUGAAGCUUCGGGGUCUUCCAUGGUCAACAUCUGCUGAUGAAAUACGAAAGUUCUUCAGUGAUUGUAAUAUCAAACAUGGGAAGCUGGGGAUUCACAUGACCAUGUCCCGAGAAGGACGUCCUAGUGGAGAAGCAUAUGUAGAAAUGGAAACUGAUGAAGAUAUUGAACGUGCAAUCAAGAAGGAUAGGGACCAUAUGGGUCAUAGGUAUAUAGAAGUCUUUAAGGCAAAAAGAUCAGAAAUGGAAUGGGUUGUGAAGCGAAGUGGUUUGAAUUUAGAGAAUGCAAUGGAUGAUGGAUGUGUUAGACUUCGUGGACUACCAUUUGGUUGCUCAAAAGAAGAGAUUGCACAAUUUUUUUCAGGUCUUCCAGUGCUUUUGUUGUUGAUUGAGGGUAUAUUGUUUAUUGGUUGGGUAGGGUUGGAGAUAGUACCCAACGGGAUAUCCCUACCAACUGACUACACGGGAAGGAGUACUGGGGAGGCUUACGUUCAGUUUGUAAACAAAGAAGUGGCAGAGAAAGCUCUUGACAAACACAAGGAAAAAAUAGGACACAGAUACAUCGAGAUAUUCCGAAGUAGCUUGUCUGAAGUAAGAGCUGCCCUUGGGCCUAAAAUGCGGCCCAUGGGCCCUGGUGGUUUCAAUCAGCGACCUGCUCCUUAUGAUCGUGGUGAUCGUUUUGGAGGAAUGAACAGGUAUUCCAACAUGGGCCGUGGCUCUAGAAAUUUUAAAGGAUUUGGAGAUUUUGACGAUGGCCCCAGCCCAUGGGGAUUCAGUUCCUCGUGGGGAGGUGGUGGAGGUCCAGGAAUGAGAGGUAGCAUGGGAGGAAGAGGGGGAAGUGGAAUGAAUAUGAACAUGAGUAUGAAUUCAAGUGGUUUUGGUGGCAUGGGUGGCCUUGGAAGAGGUCGUUCAGGGGGUGGGGGUAAUAGUUGGAACAGUAAUGGUGCUGGAAUGGGAGGGGGUGGACACUGUAUCCAUAUGAGGGGGCUCCCAUUCCGAGCUACGCAAGCUGAUAUUGCUGAUUUCUUCAGACCACUUGUGCCAAUUAACAUCAGAUUAUUGUAUGACAAUAGUGGAAGAGCAUCCGGAGAAGCUGAUGUAGAAUUUGCCACGCAUGAAGAAGCUGUCAAGGGGAUGUCAAAGGAUAAGGAUCACAUGCAACAUCGAUAUAUCGAGCUUUUCCUGAACUCAACACCUGGUAGUUCAGGUGCUGGAGGAUUGGGAGGUGGUAAUUUCGGUGGCAUGGGAGGUGGUGGAUUUGGAGGAGGUAGUGGAGGUGGUGGUGGAUUUGGAGGAGCUGAUGGAAGUGUUCAGCAACCUGCUGCAGUUUUUGAAAUAACUGUAACU